UUCAAGCUCGCAAAACUAUUCUGCAACGUUUAGGUUUUAUUUAUAAUUUGUUUACAAUCGGAAAAGAAUUCACAACACUAAGGGAAAAUCAACGUCUUGGUUUCAUCUAUAUUUACAAAGCUAUCUAUUUAAUGAUUGGCAAUGAGUUUGAAACUCGACAGGAAAAUCAGAUUCAUUUCAUUUCAUACUUUCUUGUAAAUUUGUGUUUACAACAUAUAAUACAAGGUUUAAACUAUUGGAUUGAAGAAGAUAACAAGUGCUUGCAUUUAUUAAAAGCAAGUUGAUAAAAGUUAAAGUAUUUAUUAUACAUAAACAAAUAUGGCUGCACUAGCCUUGAAGAUUACUUCUGCUAUAUUUUAUGCUGUUUGUUCAAUUCUAAUUGUUGUUUUAAAUAAAAUUGUUUUAACAUCAUAUAGAUUUCCUUCUUUUCAAUUUCUUGCAAUAGGCCAGAUGGUGGCUUCAUUGUUAGUGUUGGGUAUUUCAAAUCAACUAGGUGUUAUAACAUUUCCAGGGUUCAAUAAAGAUGUGUUUAAAAAGGUUUUCCCACUACCGUUAUUAUAUUUUUUAAAUUUGGUUUCUGGUCUCGGAAGUACACAAUCUUUAAAUUUACCAAUGUUUACAGUUUUAAGAAGAUUUUCGAUUUUGUUCACUAUGGUGGGAGAAUAUUUUGUUUUAAACCAAAAAGCCAGUGUUAAAGUACAAUUGUCUGUUUAUUGUAUGCUAAUUGGUGCUGUUGUUGCAGCAAGUCGAGAUUUCGCAUUUGAUUUGAAUGGAUAUAUUAUGAUCAUGAUUAAUAAUCUUAUGACUGCUGCAAAUGGAGUUUACAUUAAAAAAAAGCUUGAAUCAAAAGAUUUGGGACAAUAUGGUUUAAUUUUUUAUAACAGUCUGUUCAUGCUUGCACCAGCAUUAUGUUGGAGCAUAUCUACAGGUGACAUGAACUUGGCAUAUACUUAUACCAGAUGGGAAGACAUGACUUUUGUUGGAAUGUUUUUAGUUGCAUGUAUUUUUGGUUUUGUUUUAAAUUACUCUUCUGUUUUGUGUACAAAUUAUAACUCUGCUCUAACCACAACUAUAGUUGGCUGUUUAAAGAAUGUGUUAGUGACAUACUGUGGCAUGUUAAUUGGUGGAGAUUAUAAAUUCGACUGGGUUAAUUUCUUGGGUUUAAAUAUAAGUAUUGCAGGCAGUAUUUUUUACUCAUACGUUGGGUUGACAGAGAAGCAACCAUCAUCAACAAGACAAUCAGCUUCAUUCAAGGCCUAGCUUUUUAAUUGUUUUCAAGUGUUUAUAUUUAUUCGAUUAAAAUAUAUUUUUGUAUUUAUGUCAAACGUGUUUGACCUAUUCCAUACUACUGAAAAUAUGUGUGGAUUUUAUGCUAAACAUUUAUAAUUUGAUAUAAAAAAAAGUAUUAUAUAUUUUUAGCUUACUAUAUAUUUUCAUAUAUAUAAAAUAAUUAUUUAGGUGUUUUUUAGAUAGUUUUUAAAUGUGGGACUAGUUUUUAU